UGUGCUUAUUCUGGACUGCCUCGACCCCGAUCUCUGCCUGUUUCAGACCAAUCUGUCCUGAUUGCCUCUUCACGUAGCACUCACAGUGAUAACGCAAGCGGGGCUAGCGAUAACCUUGCUUCUUCUUCCAAGUCUAUCGCUUUUCCUUUUUGUUCGCCACUUCAAUCUGAGGCCAAAGUUAUUGCCCCUAUCUUAGAAUCCGAGGCAGCACCCCACUCUCUCUCUGCAUCGGCUCUAGAUGAAGAAGAGGGUGAUGAUCACCACUCUACUCUCUCUGGUAUUUCAUGGUCUUUAUUUUUAACUAAUACAAUUUUCGGCCUAUAA